UAGCGAGUUGAUGCGCUGGUAGACUGCGCCUGCCACUAGCGACGUCAACUAGCUCCGGCCACCCCACACGAGAUGGGGGCGGCGGACAAUUUCGCGCCUAGCUUCACGCAGAAGCCGCAGCUCCGGCAGGAAGAUGAGGGCAACCGCCUCAUCUUCGAGUGCCAGUUGCUGGCUAGCCCCAAACCUGACAUCACCUGGUUUCGGGGCGACACGCAACUGGCGGAAGACAACCGCACCAACAUGAAGAUCCAAGCCGUCGGGAACAACAAGUUUCUCGUCGUCCUGGAACUCGACGACGUUAUCGAAACCGACGCUGGUCUCUACAAGGUCAAGGCCAAGAAUAAGAUGGGCGAAGUGGCAGCAUCCAUCAAUCUGAAUUUCAGUCCUGUUGAUGAGCCACGAGAAAAGCAGAUCGACGGCAUCGCGCCCACGUUCUCCAAGAAGCCCGCCAUUCGGCAGGAGGAGGAUGGCAAGCGGUUACUGUUCGAGUGCCGCAUCCAGGCCGACCCCCGGCCCACCGUCACUUGGUCCCACAACGGCGCGACGGUACAGGACUCGUCUCGGCACCGGUUGGUGGUUGAGAAAGAUGGUCAUUCGUACUUUGCUACAUUAGAAAUAAAAAAUGUCACUGUUGAAGAUGCUGGCAAAUAUAAAGUGACUGCAAAGAACGAAUUGGGAGAGAGUAAUGCGACCAUUAGUCUCAAUUUCGACAGUUCCUUUCUGGAUAUAGGCGACGAGGCGCCGGUUCCAGAGGACGGCAUCAAACCCACAUUCACAGAACGACCUGUGAUCCGCCAGUCGGACGACGGAAGCAAAGUGACGUUCGAGUGUCGGCUGGUCGGAGAUCCGAAGCCCAGUGUGACAUGGUAUCACGGCAAGCAAGUGCUCAAAGAGAGCAGUCAUUACAAGAUGUACCUGGAGCAGGAUCAGAAGCUUUACUAUCUGGCUCGGCUAGAAAUCAGCAACGUGGAGACUUCAGACGGCGGUGAUUAUCGUGCCAUUGCAAAAAAUAAGCACGGAGAAGGAACGGCAACUAUCAACCUCAACUUUGAGGGAGGCGGCAAACCCAAAAUUCCAGAUGGUAAACCACCUCGUUUUCCAAAGAAGCCCACUAUUCGCCAGGAAGGGGAUGUUCUCAUUAUGGAAUGUAUCUUAGAAGCAAAUCCUGUUCCUGAAAUUACUUGGUAUCAGGGUGCAAAAGUUAUUUCAGAUAGUAACAGAGUACGAAUGUCAAGGAAAGCUACAGGCAAAGAUACUUACCUUCUGACCCUUGAAAUCCAAAAUCCCACCAAAGAGGAUGGUGGCAACUACAGAUGUAACGCCUUCAAUAAUUAUGGCGAGAGCAACGCCAAUAUUGCCCUAAACUUCCAAGGUGGAGAUGAUGCAGCUGGUUAUGCCCCCUCGUUUAUUGAAAAGCCGCGAAUCAUCCCUAAUGAAACUGGUACACUUAUUACAAUGCGAUGUAAAUGUAAAGCUAAACCCAAGCCAGUUGUUACCUGGUAUAGAGGUACUACUGUUGUCAAAGAAACAGCGAAAAUUAAAAUUAAAACGAUCGAUAAAGAAGAAGACACAUACGAACUCACUCUUGAAAUUAAGGAUCCAGCAGGUCCAGAUGGUGGCACAUAUCGUUGUCAUGUCAAGAAUGAAUUUGGUGAAAGUAAUGCUAAUCUAAAUUUGAAUAUUGAAGCUGAGCCAGAACCUGAAGGUGAUGGUCCAACAUUUGUGGAGAAGCCUCGCAUAGUUUCUGAACAAAAUGGAAAACUUGUUAUAAUGGAUUGCAAAGUGAAAGCAAAUCCUAAACCUACAAUUAUUUGGUAUAGAGAUGGACAAAUUGUUAAAGAAUCAUCGAAAAUAUCAAUGAAAAUUGAACAGAAGGAAGAUAUUUAUUACAUUAGACUGGAAUUAAAAGACCCUGGAGCAGAAGAUUCAGGACUCUACAAGUGUAACAUUAAGAAUAAUAUGGGAGAAUUAAAUGCUAACCUAACAUUGAAUAUUGAAAUUGUCCCAGUUAUUCGAGAGAAGCCUAAAGUUAUAAAGUUAGUAAAGAAGAAGACUGUUAUAGUUGAGUGCACAGUACAAUCCAAGUUUGCACCUCAAUGUACUUGGUUUAAAGAGAAAACUGCUGUUAGGGAAGAUUCACGACACAUGGUGAAAGUGGAACAAGUCAGAGACGGCGAGUUUGCUGUGAAAUUAGAAAUUGAGCAAGUCACUACAACGGAUAAAGGUACAUAUAAACUGGUGGCAAAGAAUGAAAAAGGUGAGGCAACCUCUCAAACUGUGGAAAUCACUGAAAUUCCUGAAGAAGAAAAGGGCAAGAAACCUGAAUUUGCUCGUGGUCUCCAGUCUGUGUCGAUAGAGGAAGGAAAGUCAUUUGAACUUAUUGCCAAGUUAGUGGAAAUUGAUCGCACAGUGAAAGUUACAUGGUACAGAAAUUCCCAAAUAGUUCGUGAGAGUUCAGAAGUAUCUACUUCAUUUGAUGGUACCACCAUUCGUCUCUCUGUUUCUUCAGCAAAGACAGAAUUUUCAGGAUCUUACAGAGUAAUUGUCAGUAAUGAAUAUGGAAAGGAUGAAUCAUCAGCUGAAGUGAAGGUCACAGAAAAGAAGAAAGUGGAAGAAAAGAAAAAGAAAGAGGAAAAGAAAGAAGAAAAGAAAGAAGAGAAAAAGGAAGAGAAGAAGGAGGAAAAGAAAGUAGAGGAGAAGAAAGUCGAAAAGAAGGUGGAAAAGAAAGAAGAAAUAAUAGAAAAGAAGGCUGAAAAGAAGGUAGAAGAAAAGAAACCUGUUCCAGAGAAGGAUGAGUCAAGUGAAUAUGAAGAGGAGGAAAGUGGAGAGGACUGGGACUCACAGGAGGAGGUCAUAGAAAGAAAAAUUUCACCAAAUACACAGGCUCCAGGGCUAAAGCCUAAAGAGCCUGAAAAGAAAGUGGAACCUAAGAAGAAGGAAGAGCCUAAAGAGAAAGUGAAUGAUGUUGGAGUAAAAAUUAUUGAAGAGAAGAAAGAGAAAGUGGAAACUCUUCAGAAAAAGAAACCAGAACAAAAGAAGGGAGAUAUCAUUCUGGAACCUGAAGAGGUGGAGCAGAGAAGUGUACGUGUUGAAAUGAAAUCAGAAGAAGUGUCUCAGACUACUAUACAAGCUGGUAAAAUUACAAAAAAAGCUGUAGAGGUUGUUGAAGAGAAAAAGGAACCAAAGUUCAAAAUAAUUAAGAAGGGUAUUCCAAAGCCAAAAGAAGAUGAAGAAAAGGGCUUUCCAUUUGUGAAGUUGAAGCCUGUAGCACAGAAAGAGAAAGAAAAGGUUGAGAAGGUUCAACUGGAGGAAACACAGGUAAAAGCAGAUCCGCGAGGCGGAACCGGAAAUCCUGAAAAAGACAGAACGGCGUCAAUCACAGGUUCAGGAGGUCAGAACAGAGACACGACGAAAAUCGUCAGUUGUCCAGACAAUGGAAGAGAAGGUAAUCGUUUUCAGAUGUGCAGCUUACGCAGUCCCAUUGCUUUGAAUGAAAUUCCAAAGCUUUUUCAACAUUGUCUGAAGGGGAACAUUCUGCCGGCUAAGCUAUUAAAUUUCGCGAAUAGUUUCGUGGUAAGACAAUUGGUCGUCCGCGAGGAAGGAGAAAAGAAAGUUACUCAAGAAAGAAAACUAUCAACACAAAAGAUGCGUAAAGGAAGUGAUGUUGCGGUACAUAGUAAUCAGGAAAGUGAGGAAGAAGUAGAGACUGUUACUACUACCACUACUACCACUACCACAAAGGCACCGAAGAAUGAGGAACCAGAGAAACCAGCUCCCCUCAAGACAGGAUCUGGUCUGCAACCAAAAGAGAAUGACGUAUCUGAGAGGCGGCCUUCCUUAAAGAAAGUAGAAGUGGCCGAGAAAAAGCCUCAAGAGCCUGAGAAACGGCCUUCACUAAAGGAAGUAAACUUGGGAGACAAAAAGCCUGACGAACUGGACAGAAGGCCUUCUCUUAAGAAAGUUCCAGAGAAAGAUAAGGAUGAGGAACCUGAGAAACGGCCAUCAUUAAAGAAGGUUCCAGAGGCAAAGAAGGAUGAGGAACCAGAGAGACGACCAUCAUUAAAGAAGGUUCCAGAGACAAAAAAGGAUGAGGAACCUGAGAAACGACCAUCAUUAAAGAAGGUUUCAGAGACAAAGAAGGAUGAGGAACCGGAGAAAAGACCAUCAUUAAAAAAGAUUCCAGAGACCAACAAGGUUGAGGAACCUGAUAAACGUCCAUCAUUAAAGAAGGUUCCAGAGACAAACAAGGGCGAGGAAGUUGAAAGGCGACCAUCACUAAAGAAAACUGCAGAGGCAGAUAAGGAGGACACAACAGAGAAAUGGCCCUCUUUAAAGAAAACUCCCGAAACACAAAAGGAUGAGACUCCAGAAAGGCGCCCCUCAUUAAGGAAAGGCUCAGAUUCAGACAAGGGUGAAACUCCAGAAAGAAGGUCAUCAUUGAGAAAAAGUUCAGAUUCAGAGAAGAUUGAAACUACUGAGAAAUGGCCAUCAUUAAAGAAAAUUCCUGAAUCUGAAAAGAAUGAAGAGGUAGAGAGACGCCCAUCACUCAAAAAAGUCCCAGAAACCGACAAGACACCUGACAAAAGACCAUCUCUCAAGAAAGUACCUGAAAUAGAUAAGGAACCCGAAACCCCUAAGAUGGUUGAAGAGAAGCCCGUUUCUCAGGUCCGCCGCUACGACCCCAUGGCCUUCGUCCCCAGCGAUUCGGAGUCCGAGGCGGAAGCGGAAGCGGAGACGGGGGCCGAGCCUCAGGCCCAGGUCCAGGCCCAAGCCCAGGCCCAGGUUCAGGCCCAGGUGGAGGCAGAAAAGGCGCCUCCCCAAGCGCCACCACAGAAAGUGGAAGAGAAGAAGGCUGUCACUCAAAAGGUUGAGAGAACAGUGGAACAAGUGAAGAAACCCCCCAAGUACAACCCGAUGGCGUUUAGAAUGAGUAGCUCGGAGGAGGAAGAAGAGGAGGAGGAGGAGGAUACGUUUGAUGAGAGUGCGCUGAAGAUUGAAGACGCCCUGGGCUCCGAAAAUGUUCCAUUGGACAUAAUCGAAGAGGCUAAGGAUAAAUACAAAGGCCUGAAACCCAAAUUCGUCGAGAAAUUGGAGCCAAAAGAAUCCCCCUUAUUGAAACCCAAAAGGGUAGGCACACAACCUGUUAAGAAAGGUCAGUUCGUAGAGUGGCCGAGUCUCAAGCCAGUAGAGAAAGACGCACAGGAAGAAGAAAAGCCCCAAGUUCCACAACCAGAACCUAAAAUUGAUCCGUUCAAGCCUGUGGACAAGAAAGCCCCGGGCGUGAAGGUGCCCGAGAUCAAGGCGCCUGACGCGCCCAAGAUCGAGGUGAUCCGAGAGAAGACGCCGACACGGGGCGACUCGCGCAAGGGCUCGCUGGCGCCGGGCUCCGGCCCCGGCAGCCGGCGCGGCUCCCUCAUCCCGCCUGAAGACCAGCCCCGCCGCCCCAGCCUCAUCAUCAGCGACGAGGAGAAUAGAAAGUUGCGUCCCGGCGAAGUUCCAGACGACCGCAAGGUGAGCCAGCCAUUCCCUGCUUCGUGUAAUGCAGCUGCUCUACGUCAUGGUUUUGUUUCGUCCUUAUGCCAUUCAAUUGCUCUGCGCGUGAUAGCUCUCGAAAGA